UGAUACGGAGUAAGAUGGAUUUAUAUUUCAUGUUUCUAUGGCUCAAUUUUGGGACAGUUUUUCUGCUAAUCCCUCCAAUUACUACGGCGAGCAACCAAAUGAAAACACCGCUGAUCUACAUCAACAACAUAUUCAUGGAGAACCUCAGCAUAGAAAAUCAUACAAUUCAGACUGAAAGCGUGCGGGACCCUUGGGAAUGUUUUCGUCACUGCGCUAAACACUGCGACUGCAUUGCGUUUCAAUUCAGUGAAAAGAUAUGUGAGCUUCUGGACACGGACAUUGAUGGAGCCAUCGGGAAGCGAGUGAAAAGACCAGGAACUCUUUUGUAUCGUGUACAGCAAAACGGCGUGAGGGAAAAUGGCAGAUGCCUGAAUGGCUGCUGUCAAUCGAAACCUUGCCUUAAUGGAGGCACAUGCGCAGAAAAUUGCGAUGACAUCAGGAAACAAUACAACUGCACAUGUCCACAGCAUUACCAGGGAAAGAGAUGUGAGAUAUUCCAUCCAAGAGUCAAUUCAUGCCUAUCUUAUUUAAAGCUGAAACCAGAGUCUAAGUCAGGCGUGUAUAAGCUUAAUGAUACGGCUCAGAGUUAUUGUGAUUUUGACUCGAAACCCGGAAAAGUCUGGACUCUCAUCGAGUCAUUCUCUUUAGGAAAUAAGGAUUUUUACAACCAAAAGCCUUUUUAUUACAACUUUCCGAGAAACGAGACAAGAUUCAACUGGAAUGAUUAUCGAGUAUCCUACCAAGCAAUGGUCAACAUCCGACACAACUCGACGCACUGGCGAGUGACGUGCAAUUUCCCGUCAGGCCUUAAUUUCACCGACUACGCACGCGCUACUCUCCAAGACACGGACAUCCUGACAUUUUUCAAUCAAGAUAGCUGUCAGAGGUACGAGUACAUCUCAGUUCGAGGAAGAAGUUGCACUUAUUGUUCGGGGAUGCUUGUGCAGCGAGAUACCCAACAUAUGCAUACUGAUUCGUACUGGAGUGGAAAAAACGGUUGCUCUUGGGAUCCAAGUACAGGUGCCCUGGAGCACGAAGAUAAUUUUGGAUUCUAUGACAUUAUCAAUCCUAAACACAAGUGCACCGAAAAUUCUUUUUCCACCACGCAAUGGUGGCUUGGUGCGGAGCUCUAAAUCUGAGCCCACACCACGCUGGGCGUAGGUUAUGUAGACGUGCGUGAGGAAGGGGAAACAACGUAGCGGUAAAACGUUGGCUGGGCAUGCGCUAUUGGAUCAAUUUUGGCCAGCCCUAUGGAAAUUUCUUCUCAAAAAAUUUUAAACGAAAACUUAUAAAACAACUAGUGUCACUUUUACCCCAAUCCUCCCCACCCACUAAAAAAAAGCAUGCAUUUUUGCACACAUUGACUCUGUAGUUUGUGUGUUUUUUUAACUUCUGUAAGACACUCUAGUUCUGAUAGCUUGCAAGCACGGUAUCUAGCCACCAAAUUGGAUUGACCAUUAACUCCUCACUUGAUGAGUUCUGAUGGUGACUUCUGCUCAUG